GCUGAGCUGCAACUCACCGUCCGCCUUCAAGCCCUCGAGCCCGAGCCUGGGUAUCCACGAAAAUAGCACAGCGUAUCUGGUGUGCACUAAUGUGGCAUGUGUUUGUUAAGAAAGCGCAUUGCAACUCACCCCCCAAGAUAGCCGUCAACUCCUACCUGUUCAGUGAAGCUGAAUGCAUUUGCGGCAGCCCCCGCAAGGCUCUAGGCACGCGCAAUGGAUCCGCUCACUGCAAUCGGCCUCGCAUCGAACAUCCUCUCAUUCAUCGACUUCGGCGUCAAGGUGGUUUCCGGCGCUAUAGAAAUCUAUGAAUCACCCUCGGGCGAUUCUUCGGGCAACCGCAACACCAAGACAGUCGUGACAGAGAUGCGACAUUUUGCCUCCAAGCUCCAGCCACCGGUCGAUUCUCAACUCACGGGGGAUGAGAAGGCUCUCUGCACGCUCGCAAGGGAAUGCGAUGAUCUGGCCAAGCAGAUCAUUGCCCUCGUCGAAAAGGCUAAGCCCAGGGGGCGAAAGUCCAAGAGCGCCAGUCUCUUGGCGGCCGUAAGGACCAAGUGGUAUGAGAGCGACAGUCGCAAACUAGAGGAGAGGCUUGACCACUGCCGGGAUCAACUUGGCUUGCAGCUUAACCAUCUCACAAGCUCCGAGGUUAAAUCCCAGCUGGACGAGCUGAUUACGGCCGCCAGAGACGACACGUCUAAGCUCCAGCGACUGUCCAGCCAAGUCGACCAUCUCCGCCGAGGAGUGGAAAUUUUGUCACUCAGUCCCGUGGCGCAGGAUCAAUUACGCUCGCUCCUAGGCAUUUCAGAACAUGCUGGCGAUUUGGUGGCCAAACAGCGCAUCCUAGCAGGCCUGGGCUUUGAGGGAAUGUAUCGGCGGUACGAGGCCGUCUCUGACGCCCAUUCCAAGACGCUCCGAUGGAUUUUCGACGACGACUCGGAUUCCGAUCUAAGCGAUACAUCCGACGACGAUAGUGACAGUAUAGCCAGCAGCGAAGGCAGGGGCGAGGUUGAGACGGGAGCUGGUCCUAUUGGAACACUCGACGGAGCUGACAAGGCUGAUGGCCCCAUGCUGUCUCCUGUUGCCGAGAUAGAUAAACCAAAAGCAGCGGCAAAGGAAGCCCUCCACGCUUGGCUAUCGUCGGGAAACGGCAUUUUCCAUAUCUCUGGAAAGUUGGGGUCUGGAAAGUCGACCUUGAUGAAGUUUCUCUGCGAGCAUGAAUCUACCUUGGCUCUGCUCGAUCAAUGGGCACAUCCUCGGCGCCUUGUCUUUGCAAGCUUCUUCUUCUGGAAGCCAGGCUCAGUCUUGCAGUCGUCGUUGACUGGCCUCUUCCGAUCUCUGCUCCACGAUGUCUUACAAGCCUCUCCCGGGAUCAUUCCGAAGGUCCUUCCGAACUACUGGCAACAGGGGAAGUCAAUGCCGUGGCAAGUGAUGAACAAUAUUCACUUUUCCGACAAGGAUAUCGCAAGGGCAUUCUCCCGCCUAAUAUCGGAUGCCAGUCUAUACAAGGAUCACUGCUUCUGUUUCUUCAUCGACGGCCUGGAUGAGUAUGAGGGAACCAUUCAAGACGACUCCAAAUCCCUGGUGGACUUACUCUGCAACUGGACCACAAUUGCGCCGAACAACGUCAAGUUGUGUGUCUCCAGCAGGGAAUACAAUGUGUUCAUGAACGCGUUUUCAGCCAACAAACGUAUCCGUCUCCACGAACUAACGAGACGGGACAUGAUACAGUAUGUUUCCGGCAUGCUUGGGCCCAUGGAUGAUGAAAAAGUUAAGAGUGGUCUCACCUACGAUAUCGUGAACAAUGCCCAUGGCAUUUUUCUAUGGGUGGCCGUCGUGGUGAAAAGAAUGCGCGAGCAGAUCGAAAACGGCCGCAGCCCAGACAACCUGAGGCUCGAGAUCAACGCUCUCCCCAAGGAGAUGGAAGGCUUAUUUACCGUCCUUCUCGAUUCUAUGCCCGAAUCGGACCUCAGGGAAGCUUACCAGGUCUUUUCAAUGGUUGCAAAAUUGAGCAAAAUCCGAUACCCCUGUCUGCCACUUCUUGCCUACUCCUUCCUUGACGACUACAACCAAAACCCGUCCUUCGCCCUGGAACAAUCGUUUGCCCAUGCUCAACUCGAGCCAGGUGAGCUUGUGGCUCGAAAGGAGUCAGCGCUCAAACGCCUCGGCGGGUGUUGCAGGGGCUUCAUCGAGGUAGUGCAGCCGAUUCAGAAUUCUAGGCGUGGGGGAAUGAGUUCCGGCGUCGGUCAGGAUAUAAACUUCACCCACCGGUCCUUCUUUGAGUUCUUGUCAACCGAUGCGCGGAAAGACCACAUGACACGCCUCCUGUCAGGAUUCAACGCCGUGGAUGCCAUCUCCCACCUAGUCUUUGCCGAUCUUCUGGCAAACCCCCAGCUGGCAGCUCUCGCUUCCUCAAACAGGUUGUAUUUAGGGCUGGUUCCCCUUCGAUACCGGGAAAAACUGGACAGCGCACCGUAUUUGUUCCUCGAGGCUUUCUCGGUGGCGCUGUCAUCCCGAAUCCUGAUGCAAAGACCCCCGAUGUCCUGGAUGUCCCCGUUUGAUCAAGCGGCUGUCGAGGUGUAUUGUCGCCCCAAUACGUUUCUCCAAGUACAUUGUCAUGAACGCAAUCAAAUGGACGCCUCGGCUACCAACCAACAUCAGCAUCUAAUAUACCAAGCUGCCUUUAUAGGGAACCACGACUAUGUCAGAUGGAAACUGACGCACGAUCCCACCGCCUUUUCGCAGCUCAGCAUGGAAAUUGUGCUGACUUGUAUAUGGAAGUCGUUGUCAAAAAUCGACACAGCAGAUGCUCUCGACACGGUUGGCCUUCUCAUUAAUCUUGGUCUUACCCCUCAAAGGCCGACAAACAUUAUGUUCGCUGGGGCUCAAACCCCCAUUGAUAGGCAAGACUUGGGGACACAACUGAACAUGGAUAUGACAGUUUGGCAGCAUCUUCUGCUGGAGUGCUAUGUCAGCAAUGCGUGGAGAUCGCGUGCAAAGCUACCCAUUCUUGGCUAUAUCGUGGAGAAGUUCCUCGAGCAUGGAGCAAACCCGCAUUUUCAAUUCGUGGCUGAAAGACCUGAUGGCAAAACCUGGGUGUUCAGGCUGACCGUGGGAAGGGAACGUCAGGAGUUGUUGGUCAGAUUCGGUCCCGCUCGCUUGAUACCCUACGCAUGCGAGGCUGCUUCUCUUACCGAGUUCAUCAAAAUGGUUGGUUUCGAGAACGAGGACCGGAUUCUCCAGCUUGUUGAGAGGAAUACGAAGAUUUUUGACGGCGCGGCUGAGAGCGAUCAGGGACUCGCCGCGCUUACUGACGUAGGAUCACUUGACCCAGCAUCAGGCGACGUCGAGAAGCCUGCAGACACCGAACCGCAGGGGAAAGGUCUGUCAGCGGGUACGAUGGCCGAGGAGAAAAGAUUCUCUACCCUUCUCUCCUCCAUUACCAACGUCAAGACGCAAAUCUGCCUGCUCAUAUUUGGGGUCAUGCUUGCCCUGAUAGUCCGGUCUGAAUUGUGGCAGCUAGCUAAAGGACGCCUUUAAUCAGGGGGGAUUCUUUCUCACUCACUGGGACCACAACAUAUGGCUCCAAAUUGGGAUCUUACUCAGGGCGAAGCGAUUAUUACAGCCUGAGAAAUAAUUAACUGGACUCCUAUUGGCUCCCCAAUCUCAAAUAUCUCGGAAUUCAGGCCUCUCAUUAAUUCUUAAGAAUUUUCAGAUCUCAUUGGUUGAAACUCUCAAAUCUCAUUGGCUCUUGGAGCUUAAAUCCGCAUACCUAGAUCGUUCAACCUCCGCGCGAAGCAUUUCAUUCAUAGUAUGCAAGUAGGCUGCCAAAGGC